CCCGUCCUCAACCGCUCAACCUGGCGGUCACACUGCUGCACACUCAAAUAAGUUCGGCGACGGCGACUUAAGCAUUUGCUUAAGACGGUCUUAUUCUUAAGCACGGACUGUGAAUACGGGCCUAUGUAGUAUCAUCCAGUAUCAUCAUAACCUUUGAUACUAAUUAUAAACAAAGAAGUUGUUAAAAACCGUCAUAGACGGAAGAAUGAAUUAUAUGUAAACAAAUCUCUUUAAUUGAUUCAUAUUCAAUAUUUUAAUGAUAGUGGCACGAACAAUGUGAUUGUUUAACCAGUAUCGUUUGCAACCCGUUCGGAUCAAAUGUAGACAAACCGAGAGUAAAAAAUGUCUUUAGAUCAAACCGUGUGUGAAGAUUUAAAAGCUUUCGAGAGACGUCUUACUGAAGUGAUCGCAAGUCUACAGCCUGCUACUCUCCGAUGGAGGAUACUGUUAGGUGUUAUUUCUGUGUGCACUGCUGUUGGUGCAUGGCAUUGGCUGACUGAUCCAAAUACACCAGACGUAUCAUUUACGCAAAGUCUAUGCAAUCACCCAUUCUUCACGAUUGCUAGUAUUAUUUUAGUAAUAUUAUUUAUGAUGGGUGUACAUAGAAGAGUGAUAGCACCAAGUAUCAUUACUCAAAGGGCUAGGAGUGUCCUUGAUAAUUUUAAUAUGAGCUGCGACGAUACUGGGAAACUUAUACUUAAACCAACGAGGUCGAGACAUCAUGAUACUUGAUCAGAGGAUUCUACAUUAAUUUUAGAAGUGUUCAUUAAUACUUAAAUUACUGAACAGGGUGUAUAUAAGGAAUGUAUGUUUAAAUUGCAUUUUUGAUACUAGAGUUAAAAUAUUAUUUUUUCAUAUUCAGUGUUUCUAAAAGAAUAGUGUAACAGUAUCUUAUGAUUCAGAUUGAUAUUUUAUAUUUUUUAAAGCUUUGAUUAUACAGUGAAAUUAAUACAUAUUGGUGUACAAAAUUAUAUAUAUAGUGGCACGCGAAAGUAUUCGAACGUUUUUUAAAACAAGUUUUUAAUAUUGAACUAAAAGACAUAAUUUUCUGUGGGAUGCUAGAACACUAAAUUUACUAUCUAAUGUGUAACAAAAAUUUUUAUUGGCCGGAAUCGCGAAGAAAAAUGUAAACUUUUUUCUUUAUUAAGGUUUUUGAUAAAAAUUUAAGACAUCCUUGUAGAUCAUUUGUAGAUCUAAGUACGUUAUAUUUAUAUAAAAUGUUUCAUGAAAAGCAGUGAAAGUGGGACACGUUAAGACAUGUAAAAAUUCUUCAAUUUAUCUCAGUUGUGUGGCAAGAGUUGAAAACACCUAUCAUUUCCUUCACUUUAUAUCUAUUAUAGCUCACAGCAACAUAAAUGAUUUUUACGUAACUUUGUACAUGCAUAAAGCUUACUUAGAUCUACAAAUGAGGUGUUUUAAAUUUUUAUUAGAGACUUUAAUAAAAGAGUUACGAAAUCUGGCGUUUACUUUUUCUUCGCAUUUUCAGCCACUAAAAAUGUAUCACAAAUUUGUUUACACAGUAAAUUAAGUUUUCUAGCAUCCCAUAGAAAAUUAUUGGUUUUGCAAAUAAAUUCGUUCGGUUUCUUAGUGCAGGAUGAAAUACAAUUUCUUUAACACACUGGAUAGAUUAAUUUUCUACAUUCGUAUGUGAUACUGAGUGCCGUAACAAGCUCUUGCAACGAUUGGGGUAUAUUUCUAUCGAUAAUGGUUCGAAUUAAUCUACUUAAACCGAAUGAACUUAUUUGCCAAUCUAAUAUGCUGCUUAGCCCAAUAUUAAAAAAGUUAUUUUGUUUGUAUCCGAAUGCUUUCGUGAGCUUCUGUAUUUUAUAUGCAUUCAUUUUGAACACUCUUUUCAAAGUUAUUUUACGUUGGUAUCAGUACCAAACGUAAAAUAAUUUAAUCAUGUAUAAUAGAGCAAUAUGGAUUAAAUCAAUAGAUUUAGCACGAUCUUUAUAUGUCUAAAUAAUCCUUAGAAUCAUUUUAAAUACAUCUACUAUUUUUAUUUAUUGUAUUAUGAACACAGAAAACUUUUAAGUUCGGACAGAAAAAGAUAUGACAUAUUAAUUAGUUUUCAAUUGAGUAAAAAUAUAACUCUUGCCUGAUGUGCUUACCAAGAGUUUCAAUUUUUGUUUUGAUUAAUUAUUAUACAUAUAAAGACGUAAUUGAUUCUCACAAAUUCACACGUACAUAUUGUGAUAAUAUAUCUGUAAAAAAGGAUUGUAAAAUAAACUUGUUAAUGCGUAAUGAGU